CAGGGCGCAACCGGCGUCGCGCUUGGCGGUGAGAGCGCGUGCGCGAGAGGCGGCUGGCGGUGGCCUGGCGCAGCCACCACAGCGAGAGCGGGGCCGGGGAGCAGCGAGCGGCGGCGCCAUGAGGCCCGGGCAGGGACAGCGAGAUGUGUGGAGGAGUGAAUGCCCCAUGUUGUGUUAGUGCCUGUCUGCCAUGCUGGCCUGUCUACCAGGACCAGGUGACCUCUCCUUUCAGCUUCUUUCUUACCCGCAGAUGAACACUGGACUUCAGAAAUGGGACACUACACAGAAGAUGAGAUCUGCACAGUAUCCUACCCCAGCAGAAUUGGAUGCUUAUGCUAAGAAGGUUGCCAACAAUCCACUGACUAUAAAAAUUUUUCCAAACAGCGUCAAAGUUCCCCAGAGGAAACACAUACGCCGUACUGUGAAUGGACUUGAUACUUCAGGCCAGAGGUAUAGCCCUUACCCGUCUCAGCCCACCACAAAAACAGGCCUGCUCGCGAUAGUCAAAUCUCCAGCUAAAGGAAUUAUCAAAGACUUUGACGGAACACGCGCACGUCUGCUGCCGGAAGCAAUGAUGAAUCCCCCUUCCACACCAUACGUUGCACCUAGCACUUUAAACCACCCCCAGGCGCUUGCUCGCCAGCAGGCCCUUCAGCAUGCACAGACUCUGCCACACCCCCAGAGUAGACCGCAGCCACCAAGCUUAACACACCCUCAGGGUAUACCGCAGCCGCAGACUUUGCCGCACCCUCAGAAUAUGCAGCAGCCACAGAGCUUGCAGCAUCCGCAGACCAUGGCACAUCAGACUCUGCAGCACCCUGCAAACACUUUGCUGCAGCCAGGUUUACAUGGAAGCAGAAAGAUGCCAGAUGCAGAUGCGCCGCCGAAUGUGACCGUGUCUACCUCAACCAUUCCCCUCUCUAUGGCUGCCACUCUGCAGCAGAACCAGCCACCAGACCUGAGCAGCAUUGUGCACCAGAUUAACCAGUUCUGCCAGGCCAGAGCUGGCAUUAGCACUACCUCAGUAUGUGAGGGACAGAUUGCAAACCCGAGCCCCAUAAGUCGCAACCUGCUUAUCAAUGCAAGUACCAGGGUAUCGACUCACAAUGUUCCCACUCCCAUGCCUUCCUGUGUAGUAAACCCUGUAGAUCAUGCUGCUGCUAUUCCUUCUUCUGCCUCUGUUAAUUUACCCAUGGUAAACAUCAACAGGGUGCCAUCUGCAUACCAGAAUGAAAUGAAAUCAGUUGCAUGGAACCAGCAUCAGCUUGCACAUCUCCAGCAAAUGUGUGGUGAUGCUGCUGGACCUACUGGACUUGCAGGGAAGCACCCUCAGAGAGAGAUGGCAGGGCAAGGUUUUCCUGGUAAAACUUCAAACUACCCUCAAGAACUGUGCAUGGGCCAGUCUUUCAACUUAAAGCCUCCUAUUGAGAAGCCUACACCUUCACCACCUGUGAAUGGAUUGCAGGGACCCUUGCCAUAUACUAAUGGGCACUAUUUCCAGCCCAUAUGGAAUAACAUUCUGCCCACACCGAACAGUGACAGCUCUGGGUCACAGGACCUUGCCAUGCCUUUUCAUGGAGGACAGCCAGCAGGGGCACCACUAGAUUGUGCAGCAGGAGCUCAUUAUAGAGCCGGAGCUGGUUCAUCCAGCCAGAAUAGUGUGAUGCAGACCAUGGAUUACCUAAGUGGGGACUUCCAGCAGGCUUGCUUCAGAGAUCAGAGUAUGGCUGUGCUGGGAAAAGUCCAUCGCCCUCCCAUGAACCGAGCGCCUGAACCAACUGAUAGUCGAAACCUUCAUAUUCAGCACCCGGGAGAACCUUUUCUGAAGCUUAUGAUGUGAAAGAUGUCUCCACAGAACUCGGCCAUUCCCGUAGAAACCAAACAAAUGUUUGCUGGGGUUUGCUGUGGAGAGAAUCGGGAAUUGCUGCUGUAUUUCAUUAAAACACAUACUGAUUAUAUACACUGCUUCUCAUGUGCUACGGGUAGAGUGGAAGUGAACUCUCCCCAGAUGCCAGUAUGAGUGCUUUGCCAGCUGGAAGGCUUUGAAUGAAGCAGAAACGAGGUGCUGCAUAGGCAAGUGGAGCACCUCUUCAAAGUAACCACCUUUUCUUCCUCUGAAGCAUUUGGUACUGGCCUCUGUCAGAGAAAAGAUGCUAAACUAGUGGGGCUACGUCUUAGACACAAGGUAAAUCUAUAUGACACUUUUAUUUUAAAUUUCCUGGAAGCUUUUAUUUAAAACUUGACACUUUGAGAGCUUUCAUUUAGUACUAGACAAGCUGAGAAUAUUUUCCCAAAUGCAUCCUAAGAGAUGGUCUCUGUUUCUUGAUUCCUCAUAGCGGUUGGCUGUGCUAUCCUUGCAGUGGUUUUGCAACCUGGUUUAAAAAAACAAUUUUGCAAACAUGUUAAGGUUAAGAGGUACUUAAAGAUUAAUUUGACAUUUAAAUAUAUGCAUUGCAUGAGAAGUGCAAGAUUUCCCUAACUGCAAAGUAACUAAGUAAACUGGCAUGUCUUAGAGUGCUAAGUUAAUCACAAGUUACCAAUUUCAGUGGUUAUCUUUUUUUAUUAUUCUUUUUUAAGUGUGAUCCUUGGGAGCUAUUAAAGCAACACUGUAUGGCAAGCUUCACUUUUAAGAUUGCAAAGGAAUAAAGUGCAAAGUAGCAGUGAAAGCAGAGGUGUAACAAAAAUGCUUUGGUAGUGGAAGAAGCAUUUCAUACUCUCAGGAUCAUUUCUGCCGGGGUCUGUCCAUGGGUCUAGCAAGGUUGUUUUUUCUCUUGCCUGCUGCCCUGGAGCCCUGCAUUCUGGCUUUGAUUUCUGAAUGAAUAUUGCACCCAAGCAGAUAGUACCCUGGCUAGGGGGGAUAGCACACCCGUUAUCACAUGUCCCGUGCUUCUACAUCAUUUGAUAAAUAGUUUUGAUGUAACAUGUAUACAUGGAGAGGGGGGAGAGCCAUCAAUGAUACGUACGGUAGCACUGCAAAUGGUUGCUCCAGCUGGGCACAGGAGUUAUGGAUGGAAAAACCUGCUAGAUAAUCUAAACCAUCUCCUGUGGCCAAGUGCAGAUUGCUUUCUGCAUCCUGUUUUGUAAUAAAUUGUCCUAAGUAGCUGAGCAAAAUGCUCAGGAGUUGUCACAGCAGUGGUCUAUCUGAAGUCUAUCUAGUCCAGUAUCCUGUGCCUAACCUGGGCAGUACCAGAUACUUAAGAGAAGAUGUAAGAAACCAUAUAGUGCACAAUUCUGGCAUAUCUGUUAGGUUGAAAUGUCUUCCUAGCUCUGACGGUGAGUGGUUGGCAUGAGGGUUUAAAUCCCUUAAAUAAAGAUGACCUAUUUAAUGUAA